AUGCUGUUGUGGGUGCCACAGGCACUGCUGGCCUUGCUUCUGCCCACGCUCCUGGCACAGGGAGAAGCUGAGCACUGGAGGCCCCUCCAGGCCCAGAACAGCUCCAGGCCAGCUCUGCUGAGGCUAUCGGAUCACCUUAUGGCCAACUACGAGAAGGGCGUGCGGCCCGUGCGGGACUGGAGGAAGCCCACCACCGUGGCCAUCGACGUCAUUAUCUAUGCCAUCCUCAGCGUGGAUGAGAAGAACCAGGUUCUGACCACCUACAUCUGGUACCGGCAGUACUGGACUGACGAGUUUCUCCAGUGGAACCCCGAGGACUUUGACAACAUCACCAAGCUGUCCGUCCCCACCGACAACAUCUGGGUCCCAGACAUUCUCAUCAAUGAGUUUGUGGACGUGGGGAAGUCUCCAAGUAUCCCAUACGUGUACGUUGGGCAUCACGGCGAGGUCCAGAACUACAAGCCCCUUCAGGUGAUGACCGCCUGUAGCCUCGACAUCUACAACUUCCCCUUCGACGUGCAGAACUGCUCCCUGACCUUCACCAGCUGGCUGCACACCAUCCAGGACAUCAACAUCUCCCUGUGGCGCCUGCCGGAAAAGGUGAAGCUCGACAAGACCGUCUUCAUGAACCAGGGCGAGUGGGAGCUUCUGGGCGUGCUGACCCAGUUCCGGGAGUUCAGUUUGGAGGACAGCAGCCAUUAUGCAGAAAUGAAGUUCUACGUGGUCAUCCGCCGGCGGCCCCUGUUCUAUGCGGUCAGCCUGCUGCUGCCCAGUAUCUUCCUCAUGCUCAUGGACAUCGUGGGCUUCUACCUGCCUCCAGACAGCGGCGAGAGGGUCUCCUUCAAGAUCACGCUCCUCCUGGGCUACUCCGUCUUCCUCAUCAUCGUGUCGGACACGCUGCCGGCCACAGCCAUUGGCACUCCCCUCAUUGGAGUCUACUUCGUCGUGUGCAUGGCGCUGCUGGUGGUGAGCUUGGCUGAGACCAUCUUCAUCGUGCGGCUGGUGCACAAGCAGGACUUGCAGCAGCCCGUGCCCGCCUGGCUACGGCACCUGGUUCUGGAGCGGGUGGCCCAUCUCCUUUGCCUCGGGGAGCAGCCGGCUUCUCAAAGGCCUCUAGUCACCUCCCCAGCCACCAAGACGGACGACUGCACAGACGUGGGAAACCACUGCAGCCAUUUGGGAGACCCCUGGGACUUGGAGAAGACCCCCAGGGGCCGAGACAGCCCCCCGCCAGCACCGCGGGAGGCUUCGCUGGCAGUCCGAGGGCUGCUGCAGGAGCUGGCCUCCAUCCGGCGCUUCCUGGAGAAGAGGGAGGAGCGCCGGGAGGUGGCCCGGGAGUGGCUGCGCGUGGGCUCCGUGCUGGACAGGCUGCUGUUCCGCCUCUACCUGGUGGCGGUGCUGGCCUACAGCGUCACACUCGUCGCCCUGUGGUCCGUCUGGCAGUAUUCCUGA